AUGUGCGCGAAUGUCACUUCAACGACCCAGUCGUCGCCGACCGCAUCGACAGGUCGCUCUCUGUUUUCUAGAUUGACUGCCCCAUUGAAGUCCCGAACGCGCAACCUGGCCGACUUCCAUAUCGAACCACUUGAACCUCAUCGGCGAUAUGCACCGGGUGAUCUGGUAAGGGGUGCCGUGGUAUUGACUGUUGUCAAACCCGUACGGAUUACCCACCUCACUGUCUGCCUACAUGGUUUCAUACACGUCUACAAGAAUGCCAAUGGCGCGAACGAACCUCUGCCAGAUACAGUGACGUAUGCCUCGGACAACCCCAUGAAGUCGCAAUACUUUGGCAAUGGUUAUUGCUCACUCUUCCAAGAUGAAGUUGCAUUAUGUGGUGAAGGUAGACUUGAUGCUGGAGUAUAUAGAUUUAAUUUCGAACUGGAAUUUCCUACCAAGGGUAUUCCUACAAGCGUCGAUUUUGAAAGAGGAACGAUAUCAUAUCAGAUCUCUUCGACGAUUACCCGGCCAACUACAAUAGCUGCGACCUCGAUGUGCGAAAGGAAGGUUGAGCUGGUUGAGAGAGUAGAUGUUGGUCCCUUGGGACCACCCCGACCUCGAACAAUAUCACUGGAACCCAUCUCGAGACGAGCAAAGAGGAAGAAGUCCAUUAAGCCAAAAGAUCAGCCCCCAUCCCGCGAACAUGCGGACACAAGAUCCAUUAGUGAUACAACCGAAGCUACAUCACCGCGGCCGGAUGACUCUGUGAGCCAAGUGGAUAUACUUGAUAACCAAAUACAACCCCGAAGCCCGGCGCAAAGCGAUGUCCAAAGCACUUUCAGUACAGACAGUACGAUCAGUAGUAGUACUGGCCUCAGCUUUCGGUUGGGACCCGUCCCAUCAUCGGCGCGGUCUACUCGAGAUAGCCAAGGCAACAGCAGCAAUUCCGUAGACGAUAAAACCAUUACAGCUACAAUCGAACUACUCAAGUCCGGAUGCUUACCAGGAGAUUAUCUGCCCGUGAAAAUUACUGUACAGCAUACCAAAGCCAUCAAAAGUAUGCAUGGAAUUAUAAUUACGUUCUAUAGACAAGGCCGAAUAGAUUCUUCGCCUCCACUGUCACUGUUCAAGGAUAUCAAAGGGAAAGAAGCGGAAAGGCUUAAGCAUGAAGAAUAUUAUCCUAAAUCUAAGACUGGCUUGGGUGGUCUGUCACUAAGUUCCGCUGGAUCGACUAGUGUCUUUCGAAAAGAUUUAUCGCAGACAUUUGCGCCACUCAUUGUUGACCCUUCAACUUUGACGUCGCAUGUCACAGCAUCUAUCAGAGUUCCCGAGGACUGCUUCCCAACUAUAAGUGGUGUGCCUGGCCAGAUGGUAAACUUCAAAUACCAAGUUGAGGUUGUAGUUGACCUGGGAGGGAAAUUAGCCGGCCAACAACGACACGUACCGCGCAUUGGAGCCGUUAGCCUACCUGCCGCCUAUGGAAGCACAGGUAAUAGAUCAGAAGGGAAUGCCAGCAUGCUGGCUGCCUUUGGAGGUAGCAUUGUUGAUACGGAUCACAUUAGGCGAGAAAAGAGCGUGGUUGCCUGUGUUUUCGAAGUUGUUGUUGGGACUACGGAUAGUGCUCGAAACAAAGCAAGGCAUGCCGGUAAACAACCAGCUGGAUCCUCAAACUCGAGGCCAGUCACACCCUCUCCAGCUCAAAAUCCCAUGCAUGAAGAGCCUUUCGACCACGAGUAUAUACACCAGGAAAAUGCGCAAUACCCCAAUCAUCCUUAUCAAUAUUACGACUCGAAUUACGACGAACCAUACCCUUAUGAAUAUAAUCAAAAUUUUGAACAGCGUGCCGAUCAACAUUCUAGAUACCCGCCGCCAUCACGUACACAAAUAUACGUUCCACCACCAGAAACUGAAGGACAAACAGAACUCAGUGAAAAGGAACAACUUAGGAGAGCAGAACAGAGACUUCUUCCCAGUCAGCCUCCGGAUUUCCAAGCAUCAUCAUCAUCGUCAUCAUCGGCCGCAGCAAGGGGUAGUACCGGACCAUCUGUACCUAAUCCAGCCGAUGAAGAUCUUUACACCGCCGAUGGUCUACCACCCAGCAACCCCAGACCCCUUACAUCUCAUCCAGUUGACCCGUCGAAUCCGCACUUAAGCGAAUCUCCACCUGCUGGCCCCUCAGCCCCCAGUCUCUCGGAUCUCACAACGCAUGCCUCACACACCUCGCACGCCACAGACGAUAAACAAGAACUCGAACGUCAAAGACUCCUAGCCGAAGCAAGCGCACCAUCAGAGUUUCCAGAGUUGGAAGAGGAGGGCGAGAGUAGCCGGCAGGGCGCUGCUGCUUCGGCACCACAUGACCAUGAACCUUCGGCGCCGAUCUUUCACGAAGAAGACGAAUAUGGAAGCGGGUAUGCACAUCAGCAUUUUGAGGGAACAAGAGUGGACCACGAAAGUUUACCACCAAGAUAUGAGAGGUAA